CCUUCAUCGCAUGUAGUUGCGUUGGAUGCGUAGCGUUGCGUUGGGUUUACACAAGGCCCUAAAUACAGGUUUACAUAGCAUUGCGUUGGAUACCUAUACGUUGGGUGGGAUUUACUGGGAUUUACAUAGCCUUGGGUAGGAUAUACAGCUGGGGCUGAAGAUAAGACCAAGAUAAGAAUAAAAAUAUUAUCUUCCGUCAGUAUAUGCUCUGUUAACCGGCAUGAAAAUCCAGCGACAGAAGAAACUUAAAAGGCGCCUAGACUUCUUCAAAAACAAUUUUGGCUUCUCUGCGCCAUACAGCUUGAUUGUUGAUGGUACAUUCUGCUUUGCAGCAUUGUCGCAUAAAGUGAGCAUAAAAGAGCAGAUUCCAAAAAUCCUGGAAGACAAUGUGAAAAUUCUCACAACACCCUGCAUCGUAACAGAAGUAGAAAAAAUGGGUCCUGCACUGUAUGGAGCAUUCACCAUAGUGAAGCAGUUUGCUCACCACCAGUGUGGACACACAGUACCAGUAAAUGGUGCCAAGUGUGUGAGAAGCAUGGUCAAGGGUGGCAACAAGUCAAAGUACGCGGUGGCCACCCAGGACCAGUCCCUGCGCACUCAGCUGCGUACAAUGCCGGGCGUACCGAUUCUCUACCUGCACAACUCCGCGCCCACCCUGGAAAAGCCGCCGGAAGUCAGCACGGAUCGCGCCGACCGUUGGGAUGCAGACAGGGUCGGCCUAUCGAAAGAGCAGCGGAAAACCAUCACCUCCCUGAAGCGCUCCAUUCUGGGCGAGUCUGAGCCGGUGAAGCGGCGGAAAAAGAAGGUAGUCAAAGGCGCCAACCCUCUGUCCCGCCGUCGUCGGAAAGAGCGGGAGUCCGGUGAGCAGCAGGCAGAGGACGGAGGGGAGGCAGAGCGCCGGAGUCGCCGCCGGCGGAGGAGGGUCAAACUGGCGGCGCACGUGAAGGAGGAGCUGGCGAGAAGACGACAGAUGGGUGAGCAGGCUGUUUGAGUGAGCGGGGCCACUCUGAGAGACUGUACGGGUGUUUGAUUGGGACGGUGACUGAACCCCGACAUGUGAGACACUUCCGAAGUCUGAACGGGAUGUCGGUUGCAACGUGUGUUACUUUCAUGACUCGUGGAGGGUGUGAUGCUUUGAGUGUCUUGUCAUUAUCAUACUGAGGUCAGAGAUGUCGAUGAAUUUUAAAUACAUUGUCAAAAGCAA